GUGCUUUGAGCAGCGAGCGGAAAACUUGCAUGCGUGUGAAUACAAACAUUUUAUUUAUUGAAUGAUAUUGGAACUGUUUAGAAAUGGCAGCUGAUAAGCUGGCGCCCAAUCCGCGAGAGACGGCUAACUGUCUCUCUGCCGUUAUGUUCUGCUUUGCGCUACCCAUUUUAUUCAAGGGACGCAAAAAGAAGUUGGAGCCCAACGAUCUAUAUGAUGUGCUCAGUGAGCAUAAAGCUGAAAAAUUGGGCGAGAAGCUUUACCGAACCUGGGAAGCCGAUUUCAAGGCGCAAGGUAAAAAGGGUGCCAAGAAGCCGAGCAUGUUACGAGUGGUGCUCAAGGUAUUUGGAUGGGAGCUGAUCAUAUCGGGCAUUGUAAUAUUAGUUUUAGAGCUGGGCCUGAGAGGUACCAUUCCAUUGCUGCUGGCCGGUCUUAUAAACGAGUUUACCUUAUAUGGGAAUGGCAGCAGUCUUAAGGCCCAGCUCUAUGGCCUUGGACUGGUGUCCUGCACUGUGUUCAGCGUGCUGCUGUUCCAUCCGUUUAUGAUGCACAUGAUGCAUCUGGCGAUGAAGAUGAGAGUGGCCGUCAGCAGCGCCAUCUAUCGGAAGGGCUUGCGGCUGAGCCGUACGGCUCUGGGAGGCACAACAACGGGACAGGUUGUGAAUCUGGUGUCCAAUGACUUGGGUCGCUUUGAUCGUGCCCUGAUCCACAUGCACUUCCUGUGGCUCGGUCCACUGGAGCUGUUGAUCGCCUCGUACUUCCUAUAUGCGCAGAUCGGCGUCGCCGCCUUCUAUGGCAUUGCCAUACUUUUGCUCUAUGUGCCGCUGCAAACGUACCUGAGCCGGUUGACCUCGACGUUGCGCCUGCGCACAGCGCUGCGCACGGAUCGACGUGUCCGAAUGAUGAACGAGAUCAUAGCCGGCAUCCAGGCGAUCAAGAUGUACGCCUGGGAGCAGCCGUUUGAGCAGAUGAUCGCCAAAGCGCGAGUCAGCGAAAUGAAUGUCAUACGCAAGGUGAACUAUAUUCGCGGCAUCCUAUUGUCGUUUGAGAUAACCCUGGGACGCCUGGCCAUCUUUGCCAGCCUGCUGGCCUAUGUGCUUUCCGGAGGUCAGGUCACGGCGGAGCAGGCAUUUUGUGUGACGGCCUUUUAUAAUGUCCUGCGACGGACCAUGAGCAAAUUCUUUCCCAGUGGCAUGUCUCAAGUGGCGGAGCUGUUGGUCUCGUUGCGCCGCAUAACAGUCUUUAUGAUGCGCGAUGAGACAGAUGUGGGCAUGUUGGAGGAGGAGCCGGAGGAGGAAAAGGCGGCGGAGAGCAAGAAACUACUAGCGAAUGGCAAUCAGCAACAGUUGAGCUCGGAUAUUGGUGUUGAGAUCAAGCAGCUGAGAGCACGUUGGGAUACGCAGCAUGGGGAGCCCAUUUUGGAUGACAUCAAUUUGGAACUGAGGAGCCAGCAGUUGGUCGCUGUCAUUGGACCAGUGGGCGCCGGCAAAUCCGGUCUCAUCCAGGCCAUUCUCGGUGAGCUGCCCGCGGAGGCGGGCGAGGUGAAGCUGAACGGACGCUGCUCCUAUGCAUCACAGGAGCCGUGGCUAUUCUGUGCCAGCGUGCGCGACAAUAUACUCUUUGGCCAGCCGCUGGAUAGGCAGCGUUAUCGAACGGUGGUCAAGAUGUGUGCACUGGAGCGAGACUUUGAGCUGUUGGAUCAGGGCGACAAGACCCUUGUGGGGGAACGGGGAGUCUCGCUCUCUGGCGGACAAAAGGCGCGCAUUAGCCUCGCACGCGCUGUCUAUCGCAAGGCCGAUGUUUAUCUGCUCGACGAUCCGCUAAGUGCUGUGGACACGCACGUGGGGCGACAUCUGUUCGAGAAAUGCAUGCGAGAGUUUCUGCGCAAGAAGCUCGUCAUCCUGGUCACGCAUCAGCUGCAGUUCUUGGAGCACGCCGAUCUGAUUGUGAUCAUGGACAAGGGCCGCGUUUUGGACAUAGGCACCUAUGAGCACAUGCUCAAGAGCGGACAGGACUUUGCCCAGCUGCUGGCACAGCGUGAGCCCGAGGAGAACGAAGAGGAGCAGCAGGCGGAGGCGGACGUGGACUCAGCUGGUGCAGGUGAUGCCAACGAAAUCUCGAACUCGUACUCACGCCAGAAUAGCGUCGAGAGCCGCACCAGCCUCUCCACCAUGGACUCCAGUGCGAACGAUUCGUUGAUGGCAGCAAAGGAGCGCCCAAAGGAAGUUCAGGAAUCCCGCUCGUCCGACAAAAUUGGCCUGGGAAUGUAUCAAAAAUACUUCGCUGCCGGCUGCGGCUGCUUGAUGUUUCUGUUCGUGGUCUUUUUAUGUCUGGGCACACAAGUGAUGGCAUCCUGGGGCGAUUACUUCCUCUCCUACUGGGUAAAGAACAGCUCGUCCUCGUCCUCGUCCUCGUCCUCGGACAUCUACUACUUUGCGGCCAUCAAUAUUACGCUGAUCAUAUUCGCUCUAAUGCGUACGCUUCUCUUCUUCAACAUGGCAAUGCACUCGUCCACGCAGUUGCACAACUCCAUGUUCCGUAGCAUUACGCGAGUAGCCAUGUAUUUCUUCAAUACGAAUCCGUCGGGUCGCAUACUGAAUCGCUUCGCCAUGGACAUGGGUCAGGUGGAUGAGGUGCUGCCCCUUGUCAUGCUGGACUGCAUCCAGGUAUUCCUUACGCUGGCUGGAAUUAUAACGGUGCUAUGUGUUACGAAUCCGUGGUAUCUGAUCAACACGCUGGCCAUGCUGCUCUCCUUUUACUAUCUGCGCAAUUUCUAUCUGAGCACAUCCCGGGAUGUGAAGCGUCUGGAGGCGGUGGCUCGUUCGCCGAUGUAUUCGCACUUUGGUGCCACUUUGAAUGGACUGCCCACCAUACGAGCGAUGCGUGCUCAGCGAAUGCUGAUAGCCGAGUACGAUGACUACCAGGACAAACAUUCCAUUGGUUAUUACACAUUCCUCUCCACCAGCCGAGCCUUUGGCUACUAUUUGGAUUUAUUCUGCGUGAUUUACGUUUUGAUUAUAAUUCUCAACAACUUUGUCAAUCCGCCCGAGAAUCCGGGACAAAUUGGCCUGGCCAUAACACAGGCCAUGUCCAUGACUGGCAUGGUGCAGUGGGGCAUGCGACAGUCGGCCGAACUGGAGAACUCGAUGACCUCGGUGGAGCGAGUGAUUGAGUAUCGAAGCCUAAAAGCUGAGGGAGAAUUUAAUGCGGUGGGAGAGAAGAAACCGCCGGCCAGUUGGCCAGCAGCUGGUCAAAUUGUGGCCGACGACUUGAGUUUGCGUUAUGCGCCCGAUCCUCAAGCUCCGUAUAUACUCAAGUCAUUGAAUUUCAUCAUUGAGCCACGCGAAAAGGUUGGCAUUGUGGGUCGCACGGGCGCAGGCAAAUCCUCACUGAUUAACGCAUUGUUCCGGCUGUCGUACAACGAUGGUUCCAUAGUGAUCGAUGGGCGGGACACGGAGGAGAAGGGUCUGCACGAUCUGCGCAGCAAGAUCUCGAUUAUACCACAGGAGCCAGUCUUGUUCUCUGGCACAAUACGCUAUAAUUUGGAUCCCUUUGAGCAGUAUGAGGACUCCAAGCUGUGGCAAGCUCUGGAAGAGGUACAUCUCAAGCAGGAGAUCAGCGAGUUGCCAAUGGGUUUGCUGAGCAACGUUUCCGAAGGUGGCUCCAAUUUCAGCGUGGGUCAACGUCAAUUGAUUUGCCUGGCUCGAGCUAUUCUCCGCGAGAAUCGUAUACUGGUCAUGGAUGAGGCCACCGCCAAUGUGGAUCCGCAGACGGAUGCAUUGAUUCAGACCACCAUUAGAAGCAAGUUCAAGGACUGCACUGUACUUACCAUAGCCCACAGGCUGCACACUAUUAUGGAUUUGGAUAAGGUUUUGGUCCUAGAUGCUGGACAUGUUGUGGAGGUCGGUUCGCCUUUUGAGCUCUUGACAAAGUCGGAGAGCAAGGUAUUUUACGACAUGGUCAUGCAGACGGGCAAAACAACAUUUGAACAAUUACUAAAAAUUGCACAACAGACCUAUGAAAACAGCAAGAAAGAAAAGCCCGAAGACCUGAAACAAUAAUUGUUUUUAUAUCUAGCCAACCUAUAGUUAUAAACUAUAUAGUUUUUAUGUGCCUAUAUAAAUGUUCAUAAUUGUUCUGUACUUAAAGUAACUUGAGCAACUUAAAUGUUUAGAAAUGUUUGUGAAAUCAUUUAUUUUUAUAUUUUCAUGGAAAAGCAUAUACUUAA